GGUGUCCCUCGGACACAGCGGAUCACCAAUCACGGAAAUAGCAGAAGAUGUCAGCUCGGUCAUGUGAUCAGCUGUGUCCAAUCAAAGCUGAUCACAUGGGACAUGUACACUGGUCAUCAGGGCACUGAUGAUCAGUGUGCCCUGAUGAUCAGUGUAGCCCCAGCAGUGCCACCUGUCAGUGUCCAUCAGUGCCUUGUGUCAGUGCUCAUCAGUGCCUCGUGCCAGUGCCCAUCAGUGCCACAUAUCAGUGCCUACCAGUGCCACAUCAAUGCCACAUAUCAGUGCCUACCAGUGCACAUCAAUGCAACAUAUCAGUGCCCAUCUGAGCUGCCUUUCAGUGUCACCCAUCAGUGCCAGUCAGUGCCACCUAUUAGU